AUGAGUGAUCAAGAUUCGGAAGGGAGUAGUGAACCAGUGGACCUUAUCAAUCAUCCUUCAGGGAUCGUUCCCACUCUUCAAAACAUCGUCUCUACAGUUAACUUGGACUGCAAGCUUGACCUAAAAUUAAUAGCUUUGCAAGCACGGAACGCUGAAUACAACCCUAAACGUUUUGCCGCUGUGAUCAUGCGGAUAAGGGAACCAAAGACCACGGCUUUGAUCUUCGCCUCGGGAAGAAUGGUCUGUACUGGAGCCAAGACCGAAGACUCCUCCAAGCUGGCUGCUCGGAAGUACGCUCGGAUAAUUCAGAAACUUGGAUUCCAAGCAAAGUUCAAAGACUUCAAGAUUCAGAACAUUGUAGCUUCUUGUGAUGUGAAGUUUCCUAUAAGGCUUGAAGGUCUUGCCUGCUAUCACCACGCUUUCGCAUGUUACGAGCCAGAGAUAUUUCCAGGACUCAUUUAUAGGAUCAGAGCGAACAAAGAGACGAAAGGAGCAAAGGUUGUGAUGCUAAUCUUUGUGUCUGGGAAGAUUGUUAUCACUGGAGCCAAGAAGAGAGAAGAGACCUAUAAAGCCUUUGAGAAUAUAUACCCCGUCCUCACGCAAUUCCAGAAGAAGUUCACCAGAUAG